UGAGCUGGAGUACAUGGAACUUGAAAAGCAGCUGACCAAAAACAAGAAGCUGAGAAGGGUGCAUUCCAUCAUGAAAUCCACGAAGAAAAGACUUGUCAAAAUUGGCAAACGUGCUCUCAAAAUUGAUCCCAACUUGAAGAAACUUGAGGCGGUUGUGCAGAAACUUAAUAGAGUUUCAACAAAUGGUGUUUAUACUUUCUUUCAUCUUGUACAACACGCAAAGCAGGAGCUUCAGAAGCAGCAGCUUGAGCUGCAAGGAGCACGUGAAGCUGGAUAUUUGCCUAAAAAUGAUCUCAUUUGGCAGGACAAGGAUCAGGAAUCUGUUGUGCAGUGGUUGAGGAAGCCAUCAAAUGAGCAUCGGGGAACUGAUUUGUACAGAAACAUUUUUCUUCUAUCUAUAGUGGGCCAUGGUGGUAUGGGAAAGACAGCUCUCUUGCAACAUGUUUAUGAAGAUGAAGUGACAAAGGAAUUUGAUCUUAAAAUGUGGGUUUGUGUUUCCAACAACUUUGAUGCUAAAAAAGUCAUUGCAGAUAUGUUGGAAUGUCUUAAGAAGGAGAGGCCUCGUUUGCAGACACUUGGGGCACUUCAAGGGGGUCUCAAGGAGGAGGUGAUGUCCAAAAAGUUCUUACUUGUGCUGGAUGAUAUUUGGGAGGAGGAUGAGGAGAAGGAUAAAAGAAAAUGGGAGGAUGUGCUGGCCCCUCUUGCUUGUGGGGGUUUUGGUAGUAAGAUUCUGGUAACAACUCGAACGGAGUCAGUUGCUCUGAUGUUUGCAAAAGUUAUUAAAAAGGAGGGGAAAAUAGUUAAAUUAGAGGGCCUAGAGGAAGAUGAUUGUUUGCAGCUCCUCAACUCUCAUGCAUUUGCUGGUGUAGAGAACCCCCAUGAUGAUCAUAAAAAAUUAAGAGCCAUUGCCGGAGAGAUUGUUAAAAAGCUUUUAGGAUCUCCUUUGGCAGCUAAAGUCAUUGGUGGUGUUCUAAAGGAGAACUUGGAUGAAAGGCAUUGGAGGACAGUUCUAGAAAGCAAUUUAUUGGAUCAGAAUUCUAUCCAUUCCAUCUUAAGACUGAGUUAUAUAGUUCUGCCAAAUCAUCUACAAAAUUGUUUUGCAUUUUGUUGUAUGUUCCCACAAGACCAUACGUGUCACGCCCCAAGAUCUAAUUUGGAAAGAAUGUCAAUC